AUGUCAUGCUUCCUGCAAGGAGCGGCAGCCCCGCCCUUCAAGCUUUUUGUGGGUGGUAUCUCCACCCACACCACCACCGAGGUUUUGUGCCAGCACUUCUCUAAAUAUGGACAUCUUAGCGAUGCUGUCGUUAUGGUAAAAGAUGGCCGGCCUAGGGGCUUCGGAUUCGUAACCUUUGUCUCCGAGCUUGCAGCGGCGCAAGCGCUGACUGAGCCCCAAUGGAUAGAUGGCCGCUUCGUGGACGUGAAGAGAGCCGUGCCUGGAGAGCGGGCCCAGGAGAAACCUUCCAACAAGAUCUUCAUUGGUGGACUUCCACAGGAUGUGACAACCCAAAAGCUGAGAGACUACUUCUCAUCCUACGGGGUCAUAGCCGAUGCAGUGGUGAUGGUCGACCGCCAGACGAGCCGCUCCCGGGGUUUUGGCUUCGUGCGCUUCGCCAACGGCCGCCAAGGGGCACAUGCUGCACAGGCUGUGCUGAGAGACUUCCAGGACCACUGGCUUGAAGGCAAGUGGGUGGAAGUGAAACAAGCAACGCCAGCAGCAACGCUGGAGGAGAUGGCCAGUCGGUAUAUGGAGGAUGCGCAAGCCAUGAACCAGUCCAAGAGUGGGCCGUCGACGUGGACAUCUUCCCACCAUUUGGCUGGUUCUGCGAAAAGGCAGGCCCGGCAGGCCCGUGGUUCAGGAUCGAGGCAUGGCACAACUGCUGGAAAGAAGGAAGAACCUUCUGGCUGGCAACAAAUGAUUCAACCUCCAGGUCACUUGCUUCCAGCCUCUGGCAGCAUAGACUGGCAUCAAUUGGUUGUGCCACCAUCUCUUCCGACUCUGUUGACUGGAGCACUUGGAAGAGGACCCUCACUUUCGAAAGAUCAGCCUGCCAGAGGGGUCAAGAGCUACAUGUCGUCUCCCAUGAAGGUCACGUGCAGUGGCUUUGACUCCAAGGACCCAGGGAGAGCUUCCCAGCUUCCUGGGGAGGUCCCACGGUCUUGA